AUUUUAAUUUGCAACACUGUAGGCAAAGUACUGUUUGCGGUCAAACAGAACACCUUUUUAUGUGCAAAUUAUUAAAAAUUGAUUAAUGACUACUGAAUGUUGCGGGAAACAAACUCAACCGAAUAACAGAGAAAAAAAUGAAAUGAAAACAUUUUUUUAUAAUUUUUACUUAUUGAAAAGCAUCAUUUUUAUAGAAAUGACAAAACAAUUGGGAACAAUUAGUACAACGCUCAUCACACCGCCGACAUGUAAUUUAAAAGUCAUUAGGGCAAGUAAUUUCGGAGCGCAACGAGUAAGCGUCUGACGUAAUGUUUCAAUCGAAGAGCCUUAACUGGCUGCCUGACAGGUGGGUAAUGACUCGAACAAAUGUAAAAUUAGUAUGGAUAAAUGGUAUUGAGGCGCGUUUGCUACACCGUGGCGCAGUGAAAAAAUUGCAAAAAUACCGUGAAAUCAAUGCAACGAAAGGCACAGCGAUUACAAUGCAAUAUGCUGCAUUUCUACAUCAGCUUCAUGCUUAUCGGCUACACGUGGCAGUACUGCUACCAGCUGAAGCUCCUUAGCUUCCGCAGCAGCGACACACCCGACUACCGACUGGUCAUAAGCUGGCAGAAGAAUAUGACUUUAUCGGCGGCCACAUACGUCUUGAAGGCGGUCGCUACGCCAACCUGGCACCUUCAAUUGUUGCAAUUGAACACCAAACGCAAUCAGCUGGGCAAGAUCGAGCCGCCAAAGUCGCUCUACAACGCCACCUAUAAGACGUGUGAGUUCUGGAAGUAUGUGAAGCGCAUACGCGUCUUCAACAAUGUGGCACAGCAGCUGCUCUCCAAGAGUGGUGGCAACAUGAGCUUGGAGUGUCCCCUGGCGGUGGGCACGUACGUCUUCAAGAAUAUACAUGUGCCCCCCGACACCGGCAUGCUGAAGUUCAUGUAUUGGCCUAACACAAUCUACACACUGAUCGGCACCGUCUACGAACAGCGGUCCGACAAGUCGUUGGAGAAAUUAUGCCAUUACGAGAUCAAUGGCACUGUGAUCAAGUCGUGUUGAAGGAAAACAAUUAAAAAAUUUAAAAAAUAAAUAUCGGGAACAUGCACUGCUUUGUUGGGUUAGAUUAUAGUCUAUCGGAAAUAAAAAAAAUUAAAUGUUUGUGGAAAUGUUGCCCG